AUAAUUAUCAUGAUAUAUCAGACAAUGCGGAAGUGCCGAAACAAUCAAUUACGUUAGUAGAUCAUUUUGUUGAAGAGAGACUCGCUGAACGUUCUGCUGUCACAUUAAACGGAUUGCGACAAGAUGAAGGCUCUGUUACUCCUUGUUUUGAUGCUUGAAGGAUUUUACUGUUACGAGUACUGCUCCAGUUACAAAGAUAUAUUUGACGAUUACGAGUCUGGCUUUACGUGUUCUGACUACUGUUGUGGGACAGCCAGCAACAAAUACUGUUGCUCGGAUGCUUGCUCCAGUCUUACUCGGUCGUCUGAAUGUGGGGUUGCCAGUUCUGUUGUCUGGAUUCCGAUCGUGGCUGUGAUUGGUGGCUUGGUUGGCCUUGUCUUGAUAAUCUCCCUUCUCGGCUAUUGCUGCUACCGAUGCUGCUGUGCCACUCCGAAGAACCGUGGGGCAGUAAUCGUGAAUCCACAACAAACGACCACGACAUCUGUUUUCAUGAACACACCUGCCACGUCUUCAGCACCUCCACCAGUGAAUCCCAAUUACCGCCCUGAAGGUGCAUACAUGCAGCCACCGCCAUAUCCUGGCAAAUACUAAAGACAUCACGCGAGAGAUCCGUUGAUGAGCCUGUUACCAUUUGGAUUGGCUUAUUUUGAUUCCCUGAUUUGUACAUAUGUGUAAUUAUUGGUACAUUAGACAGAAACUGUCACGAACAACCUCACUUAGAUCAGGCUCCUCCCACUCACUACUCCUUGUAUUUAAGUGUUUAAACAAUUUAGCCCCACAUUACAUAUCCUCCCUCAUACCUCGACGCAGUCUCCGUUCCUCAUCUGUUGGCCCACUGUUGGUGCGACCAAGGAGUAGGUUGAUGACGUUUGGCGACCGAGCCUUCUCCACUGCAGCCCCAAGGCUCUGGAAUCAACUUCCACGCAGUGCGACAGAAGGUGCCAGCAUCUCGUCUUCAAAUCGCAUCUUAAAUCCUAUCUCUUUGGUCGCUACCACACCUAAUAUGUCUCUCUUUUGUAAAGUGUCACCGAUCACUCUGAGUGGAUUCUGGCACUAUAAAUCAUUUAAAUAUCAUUAUUAUUAUUAUUAUCAUUACUGCUGUAACCAAUCACCAAGAAUUAGAAUUACUUUCUCUCGCCCGGGUCCUGAGUCGGGACCAAAAAUUACUUUACAUCUUAUUUCAGCAACAAUAAAAUAUUGUCUUACUUUAUCUC